AAAACAGUGGUUGUAAAUGCUUAACAUAUACCUAUGAAUUAUCAUGGAGGGCUAUUAUACAAUAUCACGGUUUACUAUUAAACAGGUUGAAUUGGCGGUAUUUAUCAAGUGAUUGUAUAAUUUCUUUUUCAAAACUGAUAAAAAAUGCCAGAAAACAUAAAUGGAGAUCAUGUUGAUGUAAAGAGUGCGAAUUGUGAAGCUCAAGAUAAUGAUGAAGAUAACAAUGAAGCAGAUGUACAUUUUGAGCCAAUAAUUUCUUUGCCAUUAAUAGAAGUUUCCAAUAAUGAAGAAGAUGAAGUUGAAAUGAUAAAAAUGAGAGCAAAAUUAUAUCGUUAUGAUUCUUCUAAUAAUCCAGCAGAAUGGAAAGAACGUGGUACUGGAGAAGUAAAAUUAUUAAGACAUAAAACAAAAAAUACAGUAAGAGUUGUAAUGCGUAGAGAUAAAACACUUAAAAUUUGUGCUAAUCAUUUUGUAACUCCUUGGAUGGAAUUGAAACCUAAUUGUGGUAGUGAUAGAGCAUGGGUAUGGAGUGUACUUGCUGAUUAUGCAGAUGAACAACUUAAGCCAGAGCUACUUGCUAUAAGAUUUGCAAAUGCAGAAAAUGCAACUGUUUGGAAAGAAGCAUUUGAAAAAGCAAAGAAGAUAGUGGGAUCUGAAUGUGAGAUAUAUGCUGGAAAAAAUAACGCAGAAGAAAAACAUGUUGAGAGUGAUAGUGAACCUUCUAGUGAUGUAAGUUAUAGUGAAAGUACUGAUAAUGAAGAACAAGAUAAAUUGGCUGAAGGAGAUUUAAAAAUUAAAGAUAAUGAAAAAGUGGAAACUUCUGAGAAACAAGUAAAAGAUGAAGAAAGUAUGGACAAAGUGUCUAAAGGACUUGAGCAAUUGCAAGUUGAGGAUGAGAAAAAGUAAAAGUAAAAUUUACAUCUCUGAAUUAGAGAUGUUAUUUAUAAGUGCACAUUCCAACAUAAACAUACAUCUAUGCAUAUGUUUAA